AUGGCUCUCAUUGCUCCCGCCCCCCAGCGCCUCGCCUCCACGGUCUCGCCGGUCGAGGUCAUGGAGAUGCAAGCUGUGUAUGCCUCUCGCUCCUCGCGCAUCUUAAACAUUGGCUCGUCCUUCAGGUCCUUCUACACUGCCCGCACGUCCUCAGCUUCAGCCUACUGCACCCUUCCCAGUUCGCCACCCACCACCACCGCUACCCCAACCGAUUCCAGCAUUCCUCCUGUCAAGGCCACCCGCGCGCACUGGCCCCUGCCCCCACUCCCCACCCGGUCAGCAACCCCAUACAUCUACAACUCGCCUACCGGCACCCUCACCGAGUCCAGGCCCCGCGCCCUCUUCAUCACCAACCCAGACUCCCGCGCGUCGACUCCUGUGGCCACCAGGGAGACUGUCACGCAGUUUGGCGUCCGUGAAGGCCGCCUCCCCCGCCGCUACUCCAACGAGCGCCUUUCUCGCUUCUAA